AAUGAAUUUGUUGGUUUUGUCGUUUGUUGGUGUCGUCGUUCGUUGGUGUUUCGAUUUUGCGUGUCCUUGGUCGUUUACUUUUCGUCUUUCUUCGGCAUUUCUUCAUCGUUCGCUUGUUAUUCUUCG